AUGGCCUAUACAAGAUUAAGCAAAUGGCUUGGUCUUGUAUUGUUUCUACUGAAUUUUCUUACAACAGAGGGGUCUUCAGUGGACAUUACUUAUCUGCACAGUGCAGUGGAUAAAGGAGCUGUUUGUUUGGAUGGUAGCCCACCUGCUUAUCACUUUCAAAAGGGAUCUGGCUCAGGGAUUAAUAGCUGGAUGGUUUACCAUGCGGGUGGGGGAUGGUGUGAUAAUGUGGCAGAUUGUUUGAAUCGGACAACGAGAGACUUGGGUUCAUCCAAACAUAUGACGAAGCAACUUAAUUUCACAGGAAUCAUGAGCAACCAACAAGAGCUUAAUCCAUACUUUUACAACUGGAACAUAAUCUUGAUUAGGUAUUGUGAUGGCUCAUCAUUCACCGGAGAUGUGGAAGCCGUAGAUCCUGCUACUAAUCUUCACUUCAGAGGAGCAAGGAUUUGGAAUGCUGUAAUGGAGGACUUAUUAGCAAAGGGAAUGAAAAAUGCUGAAAAUGCUAUACUGACUGGUUGUUCAGCUGGAGGAUUGGCAACAAUUCUUCAUUGUGAUAACUUCCAAGCUCUCUUCCCUAACACUACCAAAGUAAAAUGCGUUGCAGAUGGUGGUUUCAUCAUCAACGCGGAAGAUAUUAGUGGUGAACGAAAAAUUGAAACUAAAUUUAAUCAAAUAGUUGAACUUCAUAGCUCUGGGAAGAAUUUGCCUAAAUCCUGCACUUCACAAAUGAAACCAGAGUUGUGUUUCUUUCCACAGCAUGUGAUUGAACAUGUUCAAACACCCAUCUAUAUCGUAAAUUCACCCUAUGAUCUAUGGCAGGUGACAAACAUUCUUGUUCCUAAAACCGCUGACCCUCAUGGCACUUGGAAAUCUUGCAAUCAUGACAUAAGAAAUUGCUCGAGUGAUCAAAUCGGAACCAUGCAGCACUUCAGGACAAAAUUUUUGCAUGCAUUAAGUGGAUUGAAGAAGAAUUCUGAAUCUAAUGGAAUGUUUAUAGACUCUUGCUAUGUACACUGCCAAAUCGAUAGGCAAGAAACGUGGUUCAGAAACGAUUCUACCGUUGUACGGAACAAGAAAUUGGCAAAUGAAGUUGGAGAUUGGUUUUAUGAUGAUAAAUAUCGUCCAUUGCAGGAGCCAGAUUGUCCUUACCCUUGUAACCCUACUUGUUAUAACAUUGUAACCAAUAGUACUCAGUGA